CGUUGAAACAAAGACUUCGUUGUUUUAUCAUUUAUUAGCGAAGGAAGAGAAGCAGUCUUCGGAUCUGAGAUGGGGUUUUGUAGAUUUUGCGUCUGAUUCCGUUUUGUUCUUGUUGUGAUUGGAUUGUGCUUCGAGGGGAUUUCGAUUUGAAGAGAGUCGGGGGUUGUGGGUUCCCUUUUCUUUCUUUUUCUGGGUGUUGAGUUGAAUAAUUUAAUGCUGCAAAUCUGACACCAUGAGGAAGAAACUCGACACCCGUUUCCCAGCUGCCCGAAUUAAAAAGAUAAUGCAAGCUGAUGAGGAUGUUGGGAAGAUUGCAUUAGCAGUGCCUGUUUUAGUUUCUAAAGCAUUGGAAUUAUUUUUGCAAGACCUCUGUGAUCGUACUUAUGAGAUAACUCUUCAGAGAGGAGCAAAAACUAUGAGUGCAUUGCAUUUAAAACAUUGCGUACAAAGCUAUAAUGUGUUUGAUUUUCUGAGGGACAUUGUCAGCAGGGUUCCUGAUUAUGGUCAUGGUCAUUCUGAUGCUGGUGCUGAUGAUCGAACCAUUUCCAAGAGAAGGAAAGCUGCUGGAGAUGAAUCCCAUGACAGUGAUGAAGAGUCAAAGAGAAGCAGAACGCAUGACAUGGGCCAUGCAGGCACCAGUGGCAGAGGGAGAGGCCGAGGGCGAGGACGAGGCCGUGGGAGAACCCCUAGAAAUGUGGAAAGGGACUCUCAUCGUGAAACAGAACCAGAACCCAGUGUGGCUCUUCAGCAAAGUAGCAAAACUAAUGCAAACCCUGAUACCAUGAUGGAUGACGGUUCUGAGUCAAAGGAACCAGUGAAAGACAACAUUACUGCCAGUGACAACAUUACUGCCAGUGACAACAUUACUGCAAGUGAGGAUGCUAAUCAAGCUGUUCGAAACUUUGAUCUGAAUGCGGAGGUGGAUGAAAAGGUGGAUACAAAGGCCACAGCAACCACUGCAGCUGCUGCAGCUGCUGCAGAAGCAGCAGCAACACCUGCACCUGCACCUGCACCUGCACCUGCACCUGCACCUGCACCUGCACCUGCACCUGCACAAACCUCUUCAGCUGAGCCUACUACUGAGACUAAGCAUGAAGAAUACCCAGGUUGGUCCAUUUCAGAGAUGGACAAGAUAGCCAUUGAUCCUCUUCAACUGGCGCAAAUGGGCAGAAGGUUAGAUGAGGAUGAGGAAGAUUAUGAUGAAGAAGGUUAAGUGGUGGUAUGGAUUUCUAGAAAACAGUAGUUCUCGGGAUCAGAUUAGCACCUAAGAAAUUGAAAGACAAAGUAGUAGUGAUGAUGGUGAUGAUGACCAUUGGAGAAUGGAAGUGUAACAGUCACUUGUGUCAUUUUUCCUUUGUCAUCUCGUCACUUAUUAUAGCAUUUGCUAUUGCUAACAACCUCUAUAAGUGUUAGAUGCUUCUCACAACUGCAAAAUUUAGGCCUGUUUGUGAACUCGCUGUGUAUUGCAAGGAUAUGGUAUUUUUAGUGCAAUAGAAUUGCCCUCAGACAGAUUGUUUAUGGUUUGCUUUGACAGGCUAUUAGCGGGUAUUGUUUAUUGUUUAA